UUAGUGUCGCUGUCCAGUGACGAGUGUUCUCUGCUUUGACUGAUGUGGUUAAUGUAGUAAAGAGGUACCUGAGCUGGUACCCACUACUUUUUAUGUAAUGAAAUUACGUGGUGUACGUUUAUAUUAUUGUUAGUUUCUCCUUAUCGAGAUACAGCUUUUGAACUGAGAUGGAUGAUGAUCAAGAGCUUAUGCCAAGGCUUUUGCCUGUUGAACAAUGUGAUGUUGCAGAAGAUUUUGAUCCCAGCGUGCCACCUAUAACCCCUCAGGAGUACUUGAGACGGGUGCAGAUUGAAGCAGCAAAAUGCCCUGAUGUUGUUGUGGCCCGAAUUGACCCUAAAAAAUUAAAAAAGAAGCAAACCGUAAAUGUUUCGUUAACCAGAUGCCAUCCUGCCCCAGAGGGCUGUUCACCAGGUCUGAAAUGGCAACAACAGCAAGUAGCUAAUUUUUCAGCAAUUCGACAGAAAGUGAACAAACAUAGAAUGCACUGGAAGUCACAGCCUCUAGAUGGGAAUGUAAUGAUGCCCCAGGUGGAAGAUGAGGAAGGUUGGAAGAAGUUUUGUCUUGGAGAAAAGUUGUAUUUAAAUUCAUCACUGAUAUUACCUGAUGGAGAAUGUGAAAAUCCUGGGGUUGAUUAUAUAAAGGCAACAGUAACCAGCGUCCUAGAGUACCUUAUUAACUGGCUUGGAACAAAGGAUUUUUCUCCUGAACUGGGCAGGUGGUUCUAUGCUUUACUAGCAUGCUUGGAAAAACCUUUGCUGCCUGAAGGUCACUCAUUAAUCCGCCAACUAGCAAGAUGUUGUUCAGAAGUUCGAAGUCACAUGGAAAGUAAAGAAGAAGAAAAAUUAUCUGCUCUGAAUUUAUUAAUUUGCUUAGUUGGCAGGUACUUUGACCAGCGGGAUUUGGCAGACAGUUAGUAAAGCUGAUGAAUUUUGGUUCCUUUGAAAACGGAUCAGUUUGUUGCUGUCAUAAUAACUUUUUAACCAGGCAGACAAGACAUUGUCCAAGGCUGCCAAAUUCAAGCCCAGUUAAAAGUGAAGCAUAUUCAUUUCUUCCUUAAACUUUGACCAGAGAUAUUUCUUGGAAAACAAAGAUGACCAUUAACCCCAGUGAAAAGAGAAGCAGAGAGAACUGGUAACUUUAACUGGAACAUAAUUUUGCUUCAUGUUAUUAAGCACAGAUUUAUUACACUUGAGUGCAUUGUUUUAAAAUGGGCUUCCCUCUCCCAGUUAUGUUACAACUGUGUUUCUCAUUCAUCUACACAUUGUUUUCUUAUUUUAUAAAACCUAGCAACUUGCAAUAAGUAGAAACCUGAAAUGUAGCUUUUUAUGAAGUAUCACUACUACCAUUCAUAUGAAUUCCUCCUGAAAAUAUAAAGUAAUUUCUCAUAUUCAGAUUUCCAGAUCUAAAUUAUUGCUAGAGCAUCUCAAACACACUGAACAUUUCUGAGCUUCUGGCCCAGAAAACCCUAAAAGGGAGGCCUUGAGAUGUGUACAUUUCAACAGUAGCAGGUAAAAUUAAAACUGGUCACCAGAAGGCAUUUGGCCUUGAUUAAAUAUUUUGUUAGCCAUUUGUGUUGCCAGAUGCCUAUGCUGCAAUGGUUUUCUUGUAUUUUUAUUUUAUAAAUAAACUUUUUAUAAAUGA